CAGCGACGCCUCCGGCUCGUCGGAACUCGAGGCGCUGCUUCCGCCGGUGGAUAGUUUCAAGGAAGAAGAACGCGCCCAGUGGGAACCACUCUCCGGCGACAAGUUCUCCAGGCAGAAGAACACACCUAGGUUCGAAGCGUACAUGAUGACCGGCGACCUAAUGCUGAACCUGUCGCGCACGCAGCAGAGCAGCGGCCUGCUACCGAAGCACCAGAAGAAGGUCGACUCGCUGAGGUACAACAAUCAUCACACCCACCAUCACCAUAAUCACCACAAUCACCACCAUCAUAACUCGGUACCGACCAGUCCUAACGAGAUGCUGGGCCAUCACCGUGCCUACAAGUGUACCGGUUCGAAUUCGGCCAGCACCUCACCGGUCGGGAUCAGCAAACGUGAGAGCGGCCAGUGUCCAGGCCAGAGCGAUACUAGCAAACAAAGCGCCGCGAGUUUCGGUUAUUCGAGCGGCUUCGUCCGCACCUCGCGCUCCGAGGACCACUUGCAAUUCCAAAAGGACCCGUCGAUGAGCGCGGUGGACAUUGACAUUGACGACGACGUCACGUCCAGCUUAAACACCCUGUUGGACACUCGGCCGGACAGCGGCCAGGGUUUGUCCAGCGAGCGAAUCGUUUGGACGUACAACGCGCCAGUUAGCUCGCCGUCCGCCUCGGAGCGCACCUCCUGCUGCCAGAACGGCAGCUCCUCCCAAUCCACGUCGAGUAGCUCCUCGACGGAGGGAACUAGCCCCCAAAGAUCCUUAUCGCCAACCUCCCCUACCUCGGUCUCGUCCUCCGUCAUGUCCUCGAAUUCUGGGUCCCGUAGGUUCCCACCGCCGGUACCCACGGGCGCUAGCGCCGCGGCCCUGGGCCCCUCCGGCGACGGGACCGUCUCCUCGGCCUCCGGCCUUCAUCCUACCAACGGUGACCUCAGCCAGUCCGAGGCCAUCAGCAACAUGUCCAGUCCCGACUACAACGACGAGGAGACUAUGGACAUACUCAGUGCACGCGAUAUCAUGAUGGUCAGUGAUCCGAGUGACAGUGACUCGACGAUACUCGCCAGCGAGCCACCGCAGAGGAGGUUGAAGGCAGCGGCGGCGGCGGCGGCGGCGGCGGCGGUAGCAGCAGCGGCGGCUUCUUCUUCCUCUUCUUCAGUACCAGCAGCAGCAGCAGCAGCAGCAGCAGCAGCAGCAGCACCACCACCACCACCACCGGCGUCGAACGCUUACACACCGGCGCAGGACAACAGCGAGCACAGGAUAGUGAUACAGGUGAAGGGGCCGGAUAAGGACGUCGCCGCGGCCCAGAGAAACACCAGUCCCAGGCAAAACAGGCGACGGGGCAAUCUCGGCAAUCAGGAACUCGUGCCUACAUCCACCGCGCAGAACACCGUGCAACGGCCGACUGGCAAUAACACCGCUGGCAACGUCACGCCCGAGUUCGUUGGAUAUCAGGAGCUGAAGGAGAGCGAGGACGAGAACGAAGCUCUGAACAUUGGCAACUACGAAGACAAGCACGGCGGCGCGUCACCGCCGCAGUCCGCGGACGAAGAAAGCGACAUCGAGAGUUUGCACAGCUUCCAUUACAGUCCGAAAGCGGUGGACCUGCCCUCGGCCGUUCGACUGGCCAAGAGGCUAUACUCCUUGGACGGCUUCAAAAAGUCUGAUGUCUCUAGACAUCUUAGCAAAAACAACGACUUUAGUAGAGCGGUAGCCGAAGAAUACUUGAGAUACUUCAGCUUCGAACGGGACACGCUGGACGUGGCUCUCAGAAAGUUCCUUGCCCAGUUCUCUUUGACGGGGGAGACCCAGGAAAGGGAGAGGGUUCUUGUACAUUUCUCCAAAAGAUUUCUCGAUUGUAAUCCGGGCGCUUUCAAUUCUCAGGACGCUGUUCACACGUUAACCUGCGCCAUAAUGCUGCUCAAUACGGACCUGCACGGCCAGAAUAUCGGGAGAAAGAUGUCGUGUAACGAAUUUAUCGAGAACCUCUCGGAAUUGAACGACGGCGAUAACUUCCCGAGAGAGGUGCUGAAGCAGCUUUACAAUGCUAUCAAAUCGUUCCCCUUGGAAUGGGCCUUAGACGAAGAAGGUGAUGAAACAGCGAAUCAGGCGAUCCAACAGGGUGAUGGUCCAGCGAUAUCUGGUACCGGAAAUCCGUUUCUCGACGUGCCAAAUGUUACGGGUGCUACAGAAUUUAAAAAGGGAUAUGUUAUGCGGAAAUGUUGCUUCGACUCCAACGGGAAGAAAACACCGUUCGGCAAACGCGGCUGGAAGAUGUAUUAUUGUACAUUGAGGGAACUUGUAUUAUACUUGCACAAAGACGAGCAUGGCUUCCGCAACGACAGUUUGCACAACGCGAUACGCAUUCAUCACGCGUUAGCCACCAAAGCGUCCGACUAUACGAAAAAGGAACAUGUCUUCAGGUUACAGACUGCUGAUCAAGCAGAGUAUCUCUUCCAAACUAGUGAUUCCAAAGAAUUGCAGUCGUGGAUAGACACGAUCAACUUCGUGUGUGCCAGCUUUUCCUGCCAGCCACUAGCAGGAGCGGUGGGUUCUCAGCGAAAGUUUCAGCGGCCUCUGCUUCCAUGCAGUCACACGAAAUUAUCUCCUAGAGAACAGUUACGGGACCACGAGGAAAGGGUGAGCAAAUUGGAAGCUGAACUGGAGGAGCACAGACGACAUCCACCUGAGCGGGGGGCUAAAGCUCUUACUGUACAAAAUUAUAAAGAAAAAGAUGCCUACUUGCAUCAUGAGCUGAAGAGAUAUAAAACGUACGCGUACCUGUUACGGUCAAGGUUGGCGUUCACGGAGGUGGAACCGUCGUUGGUGAAGAGCAGUAUCGGCGAGGUGGACGAGGGAAUCGGUGCCUUGUUGAACUCGGACGUGGCGCUGAUACCGCCGCCAGUUCCUGAUCGGCCGGCUAUAAAUAGCAUGUGUGGUCUAGUCUGACCUGCACGCGCAGGCAGAGGCAACAGCUGAAAUUCGGAACAGAAUUAACGGGGAAAGAAAAGAAAAGAAAAGAAAAGAAAAGAAAAGAAAAGGAAAAAAAUAAUUUACCUAACGAUGCCGUGUAUCCGACGCAUCGCUCGUUAAGUACUCUACUUUAACUCGCGCGUACCGUGUACUCAACGUUCUCUUUUACUAUAUUUAAUCGUAAACUUAUCAGCGGCCGUUAUAAACGAUAACAAACACCGAUAGUAGCUAGCAUUCGUACGGCGUUCUACUACAGCAGCGAUUUCGAUCUUCCCCCCAUUGUCGAGCCAUUCACUUUUUCCUACUACUAUUAAUUUUAUUUUAUGUAAUAUUUAUUUGUUUUCUUUUUUCGUUCUAAUUAGUUUCUGCCGUUCGAGUCAAUUAAUUUUCGUAUAUAUAUAUAUUUUUAAGCGUAGAAAAAAUAGCUGCUGUUCUAAGCGCUUAUUCGAGAAACCGGCUGACAAAGUGGUGAUAUUGGAUCAAGAUUCACACCUAACUCAGUAACAAAUGGUUCACUAAUUGUACCCGAGUAGUUUGUUAAAGCGUUGACGAAGACCUGGCCAAGGCCCGAUUCGAGACUCGUGCCUUGACUCUGAAGAUAAGACCAGUUACGUAUAGAACAAUACUCCAAAACAGCAAGGAAACAGAGACGAUCUAAUUGCGUGACCAUCGUUCAAUUGAUCUGAACGUAAAUCUAUCUAUAUAAACGACAAAGAUCUAUGUUUUGCAUCUUGUAAUAGAACUUAAUACUUUUCUGUAUCAAACAGAACGUAAUACUGUACAGAAAUUGUAGGAUCACGUCAUCGAACCAAAAACAACGGCGCGGUAUUUUUGUUGCUAUACCAAACUGUGUCCUAUCUUCGUGCGUUAAAAACGAACGAAGAAAGCCAAUAUCUUACACGAGCAUCUCUUCAUGCUUUUCGCUUUUCAGUUCCGCUGCUAACAAAUUUUACAACAGAUAUUUAACCAGUUAUAUCGGGUAACACAGGUGGCGUGAAAUAAUAUACCCGCUUCUCUUAUGCUGUUUCGAGAAAGUUUCACCGAAGGUUACGUGGCUGCAUUUCUUUUUAUUUCUUUUUUUUUUUUUUUUAUCCAUAUAUGUAUAUGUGUGUAUGUAUAUAUAUAUAUAUAUAUAUAUAUAUGUAUGUAUGUAUACGUGUAUUAUUUUCUGUUUCUUUAUGGUCUUGUGUGCUACUUACUCUACGAAUGUAACGACAGACUGUUAUCGAUACAUCUCCAUGAACAAUCGUGACUUCCAUUGUCUUUUUUUUUUUUUAUUUUAUUUAUCGCCUAAGGACCUAGACCUUUCUAUCGGCCGAUGAGAUACGUCUCGCGUGAACGAGAUUUUUUUAUAGAUCAUCAACGUCAAAGAUACACGAUGGAAGUGAUAUUUCAACGCGAAACUCCAAGGUACUCUGCGCACGCGUUGUUGAUUGUUUAUUUAAAUAGAUAUAUUUAUUUUCUGAUAAACUAAUCGAAAUAAGUAAAGAGAGAGAGAGAGAGAGAGAGAGAGAGAGAGAGAGAGAGAGAGUGAGUGAAUGAUGAGUGACUGAGUGAGUGAGUGAGAGAAAGAGAAGUGCGUUUCGUUGAGAACGAAAGGAGGAGAGAAGAUAAAAAAAAGAGAUAGAAAAAAAUCGUAGAAAAAGAAUUAAGAAAGUGUCGAGAAAUGACUGUGUGUCGUUUCGCCGUAGUCACUUCGAUUUUUGUUCGUUAAUUGCAACGAAGACGAUACAUGUAUACACACUGAGUUAAGCCGAUAUAAAAUGCGACGAUAUGCGACGAUCGUUAUAAAGUUUAAGACUGGAUCAAAUUCAUUAGGCGCGUUAUAUUCCCGACCUCCCCGGAGCUGUUCAGUUGCGAAACGAGAAUUCUGUGCGCGCAAAUGUGCGAUAUAUUUUUGUAUUUGGUGUAUUUUCGCCGCGAAUAUGGUGUGAUUCGCGCCUUUGUAUUCCAUUUCAAUAUUCCGCGAUUUCUCCAUGUGUUUUUUGCCGUGAUCGAUCCUCGACGACCGAUGUUCUUCUUUUCUGUGUUCGCGCAUCGUUUCUCGCGGUUUUUUUUUCUUCGAGGUAAAAUUGGUUGAUAUAUACGAAGAGGAACAAUGUCGUUCCAAUAGCUUUUAGUCGACGACGACUAACAAUAAGAUGACAAAACGGAGACGAAAGAAGAAGAAGAGAAAACUGUCACGAGAGAAAGAAACCGAGGAAAAGGAAACGUUUCGUUUCUCGGUAUUUAAUUGAGAAAUACCGCAGAUAAGGACUACCUUAUUCUAGGGCCUCACCUUAUUCUAAUCACUGUUCUGACUUUACGUUUAGGUGCAUAACAAGUAGCAAAUUGUCGAAAUUAUUCUAGCCUUAUUGAUUAUCCAGUAUAUAUAUAUAUACACACAUGUAUGUACAUAUUAUGUACAUAUAUACAAAUAUAUGUAUAUGUAUACACGCGAUCGCAUUCUUGCAUAAAAAGUAUUACGUAACUGACUUGGUGCUUUUUCGCGCGUUCUAAAUGAUUUCGGAAAGAACGAUUUUCAUUAACUUGUUCGUAUAUAUCGUUUCGUGAAUAUAUAUGAUGGUUUUGCAUUGGCGUGUUAAAAUAUUAAGAAAAAUAUUACGGACGUUCGUUUCAAGUUGAUUUGUGUAUUUUUUGACGACGUUACUUACAAGUUGUUAAGUAUGUAAGAAAUAAUUUAUUUUAUGGAAGAAAAAAGGCACACUCUUACAAGUGUUACGUAAUUAUUUUAUGCCAGCGUUCUGAAUCUAAUCAAGCGAUACUCUAUACUCUUGGAAAAGGCAGUAUUAGGACCUACUAAUUUCCAGUACCAUUCAGUUAGGGAGAGAAAGAGAGAGAGAGAGAGAGAGAGAGAGAGAGAGAGAAAUCAAAAUACUACAUGGUUUUGAGUGAUUGCGUUGAGCAACGUUUAGCUAGCAGUGUUCAUUUUUUUCUUUGUUUUUUUGUUUUCUUAGUAUAAUGUUUGUAUCAAUGAAUCGCAAGCAUUCCUGUGAAAUUUCUCUCUUAGAGAACACCAAAACGAGUCUGUUCAUUGACUAGUUAGCGUUUCUAGAUACGGUUCCUGUAAAAAUCAUACUGUUGCUCAGUAUACUACGAAUACAUUAAACUUUUAAAUAUAAAAAUCAGUGAAACUCUAUUUCAUUACUUUUGUAUUUUGAUUGUAGAUAGUCGCUUUGAUUAUCUGUUUAAUUGUUUCUUAAACACUGUUCUUUUUGUAUCGUUUCUCGAGAAGUCGUUCACUACAUCUAAUAUCAUAGUGUACACUAGACCCCUUGUACAUAAAACUGUAUUAUAUGUGGAUAACAUAACGAUUAUUAUAAACUACAUAAAGCUAAUGGCAAUAAAGAUAAACAGUCUCCAAAUUA